AUGUCCUUAACGCUGGACCUUAAAUAUUUGGUUGGAUUAACCGGGAAAGGUGAUCGUAGGAUUAAAGUUUCAUUUCGUGAGGCUAAACAGACUUCAAGGAUUGCAACAGGUCAUGACAGUGUAUAUUUUGGACAGCGUAUCACUUGGCCAGUCAGUCGUCCAUUGGAUGAUAAAGAUGUAUUAAUUCUAAAAGCCUAUCAUGUUAAAAAAGGCCUACCAGACACUUUAUUAGGUUCCUUGUCAGUAAACCUCUAUCCGUUGAAUAGAGAUGUACAUUCAAUAUUUCGAGAGAAUCUUGUGGAUAGUUCAUGUCAUCCAACUGGUGUCAUACUUUUGUUUGAACUUCGUUAUCAAUCGCCUGACAGUACACGAGGUGAUUUAGAGAAAGAUUUGAUAAAUUAUCCACUGGCGGAUACAGACUAUGGUCUAGAGAAUGCUGAAUAUGAAAUUGACGAGGAUCAGCCAGCACCUUACAGUUCACUUGUCGCUAUGGAAGAAGAUAUAAACCAGAUGAUCGACCGUGAACUUGGUAUCACUGAAGAUGAGGUAUGGGAAGUAGACAGUCAGUUGUCUGCACCGGAGAGAAGAGAUCCUCGGGUUGAACCAUUACUCGGUCCAACUAUAUUCAAGGCCAAUCAGUUUCAGCUAGGAAUUACUAUUGUUGAGGCAAGAAAACUCGGUGGAACAAAUAUCAAUCCAAUGAUCAGUGUGACCGUUGGCAAAACUGUACAAAAAACUGUGACUAAGUACUCAACAAACUGUCCAUUUUAUGACAAUUACUUUGCAUUCGACUUUACUCGACCAAAGAUCAGUAUACUGACUGAAGUGAUACGGAUUCGAGCAUUCAACAUGAGAACACAUCCUUUAGCGCGUCUGUUGCCCGGUAAAUUAGUCGGUGAAUUCGUUACAGAUGUCCAGACAGUUUACAAUGAAAAAGAUCAUUCUAUAUUGAAUAAAUGGGCAGUGCUUAUUGAUCCCAAAGAUCCUUGGAAAGGUCCAACUGGUUAUGUUAAAGUUGAUAUGCACGUGACAGAAGAGGGACAACAAGUGAAGAGAAUUCGAAGAGAGAAACCUGAUCAAGAUGAAAUAAUUGAACACCAUUUACUUCUCCCACGUCAUAUUGGAAUGCCACAGAAGAGAAUAAUGCUGUCAAUGAAAGUCAGUAUUUAUCAAGCUGAAGACUUACCACCAAUGAAUACGGAGAUAAGCGAUAGAAUAAGAAAGGCGUUUGUUGGAGAAAAUACGCCCAAUGUUGACUCUUAUGUAGAGGUUUCUUAUGCUGGGCAUACAAAUGUUACUACACAAGAAGAUAAAAGCGACAGACUAGAAAAUAUUUGA